GCUACCUACAUGUCGUCAAACCUGGACGACAAGGAUUUUCUCUCUCUUCCCGCCCCCUAGCAGACCAGUUCAACACACUAUUAUUCGAUCAGACUACCCUCAAUCAUAACGACAUCAGCAACAUGACGUCGCCGCAGCCUCUCUCCGCGACCCCUCCUCAUCUCCUCCAUCCCGAGAGCCACCAACCCGGCUCAGCUCAUCAGUCGCCUUCAUUCAAUCAGCACCAGUUCUCAUCCCCUCCUGGCAGCCACAUCAAACAUGCUUCGCUGGGGCCUGAAGCGGCACUGCUCCCCCAGAUGGACGAUUGGAUCCAGCCCCAGUUCCAAGGCCAUCGCCGCAGGCCCUCAGAAUAUUCUGAGGUAUCCUUAUGUGCGCCCUCGCCGAAUCUCGUGAACUCUGAUACCUUCGAAGGUGACAUUGGCGCCCACUCUCCGCACCAGCGCUCCUCGGAUCCCAGUCGUUACGAGCCCGUUAUGGGAAUUGGCAGCUUCAAUAUUUCGGACAAAGACUCUGGCCACCAGGGUCGAAGCCCGUGGCAUAGCCCAACCAUCAGCCCUCGCAUUGUCCCGCAGCAGAUGCCUGAUCAAUCGGCCAGGUUUGGUCACCUCGCGCCUCUGAAUAAUGCAUAUGGAGCGCCUACGAAUUAUCAAGAGAUUCCAGCAUCUGUCGAGGCUUUCCGUACUCCCCAGGCUUCGGCCCAUGAUAUAGGUCAACUGGCGCCUCCGGCAAUCAACAUUAAUUUUGCUCCUACAAAUACCAAGGUGAGCGCUUUUGAUGGCCCCAAACCCAGUCUGGACCAGGAUUCCUCGACACUAUCUGAUCAAGGCCGUCCCCGAUCUCGACCCCGAGCCAUAUCGGACCCCUCCCAUCCCGGUCGAGGCUUAUUAAACCGCCCCGCCAAUGGCAGCGGCUUAUCCCCACCGCUUGGCGCUGAUAUGCGGUCUGAUGGUUCUAGGUCGCUUGAAAGGCAAGCGAUAGCCUCUUAUUCUCAGAGACUGUCCAUAUCUGCAGUGCCUAAUAACGGGGUUGCUCUGCGCCUGGCAAACCCCGGGUACCAGGACAGCGAGAAUAGCGGUCCGGCGAAACGGGUCCAGAAGCACCCUGCUAUAUUCCAAUGCACUCUCUGCCCUAAGAGGUUUACUCGUGCUUAUAAUCUCCGCUCCCACCUCCGCACACACACCGAUGAGCGGCCAUUUGUCUGCACACUAUGUGGCAAGGCCUUUGCUCGACAGCAUGACCGUAACCGGCACGAGAGCCUACACUCAGGCGAGAAGAAGUUCGUCUGCAAGGGUGAUCUCAAAGUCGGCGGUCAAUGGGGCUGUGACAGGAGGUUCGCUUGUGCCGACGCACUUUGGCGCCAUUUCCAAUCAGAAGUUGGUCACGUCUGCAUCAAGCCGUUGCUGGACGAAGAGGUUUCUGAACGGAGUGGGAGAGCAAUUGCGCAGGAGCGUCUGGCCGACCCUGAGCCAUCUCUACUUCAAAACGGGAUUUUCACAUUACCAGCUUCUCUGGUUGCUCAGUAUCCCGUUCUUGCGCGAAUGGACUGGCAGGCAGGCGUACCGGCAUGUAUUGAUGACAACCUUGGUGGACGUUCAACAAGCCCCAACUACUCAGACUACGCGAGCGGCGAUGAUUCGGGGCACGUCUCCGGUGAUGCAACAGGUUUCGGGCGGCCUAGCUGGAAUACACCGUUGCACGUUGCAAGCCGAUCUUCGAGGACGCUCGACGACCGUACGGCAGAAGAAUUUUCCACACGAUUCGCUCGAUGUCUAGCAUCUAAAAGCGGUGCUCACACCUGGGGCAAGUCGGUUCUGGUAAGACUUGGCCAUGAAGGCUUUAUUGCCCAGCUCAAUACUGUCUUGAUUGCCUACUCAGCCAAUUUAUCGAAGAUGGGACGUCUUGGAUCUUAUUCACCUGUCAUAGAAGCGAUUAACCAAACAAUUGGAGACAUUUGUUUUCGUGUCUGUGCACUCGCGGAACAAAACGAGGCCGACUGCAUGGAAUUCACCAGAACGAGUAGUUCAGUGGAUGAAGGUCACUACCUCGGUCAGCUACGAAGUUUCAUGAACACCACCGAUGAGUUCAUUUCCAGUGAGAGUUUCGAGUCGCUCUCUCUGCUUGUUAGAGAAAACCUAUAUUCAACUCCCAGACGCUCUAUGAAUCAUGUCAAAGCAGCCUUGGGAGUAGCGAACACCCACCGACUUGGCGCUAAGGACUCGCCUGAUGACACGCCGGCCAGUUUUCUCUCUGGGUCAAGUGAAUUUGUUAUUGAGACCAACCUUAGCCUCUUGGAUUACAUCAAACACAAUUUCCCUGAACAACAGGUUAAGUUGUCGACAUUGGUCACAAUAACAGGCACUGCGUUCUAUGCUUACGCUACAAGAUGUCUCGAUUACCUAAAAAGGACAUGGCCUGACACAGGAGAGAUCUUACUUCCAAUCUUGCAGGAAGCAAUCCAGGAAGUUCUCGACCAGCCAGAAUCGACGGCUAGUGUCGUUAAAGAGCACGACCAGUUAUGGGCAAUCUCUGCCGAGCUAUGUCGGGAUGGGACACUGAAGUUACGUGCCAAGGGUCCGGAAGCUUUCGUCGUUGAUAUCAUACAACAGCUUUGUUGGCUUACCGCAACUUUUUCCACGUCGCCACCCAGCGAAGGAGCCAUUGCUUAUUGCAUGCCAAUGAUCAAGCCAAUCCGUGGUUCAGCUCCCGCCGAGCCGAUAUUCAGACUUGAUACCUCCUUUACCAAGCUGGCCGCGGACGAAAAGAACUCAUGCUGGCUCUCACUUUUCCCAAACGCGGUCAUUGCGUACGGAUUCCCUAUUCCGGAGAGAGCAAAUGGCAUGGGUUUAGAAAUGUCUGUGGACCUUAUGGCUGCUAUUGUAGGAGCCCGCCACGCUGUUACGUUUGAUGGUGGUGUCGUCAUCAAAGGCUUCUCGUCAAUGUUCGUGCCGGUGAUGCGAACUAGAGAUGGGAUACAGUGGCAUUACGUGGCCAAUAGUGAUCCUGAGGUGCAGCUCUCCUACGACGAAGGAGUGAAGCAGUGCUCAAAUCGAGCACUCUUGCCAGAUGUGCACUUCGCUUCUUUGGCGACAGCCCGUUGUUUCAUCGGUUGGAAUAGCCUGGUCGAGAUCCGACUGGGGGAUGGGGCAACCGAUUUUGACAACAUCGAGUUCUCGGACGCGACUGAAGUGAAGGCAACCUUGCAAAUCCCGAGCGCGAGCGUUGGCUUCCAGCAAUUUGGAUUGGCCCAAAUCGACGUAACAUUUGGCAAACGAGAUGGCAAGUGCCACUUCCAACGCAGCUCGUCGUAUCGCAGAAUCGUUGCUGCCGCUGAGAGGAUGUUCGUAGCCCUUUUCGAUACAGGAGAGCGUCGCGGCUAUCUUGUGGCCGCAUCGGGGCUGCUACUGCACAUUCUGCAUCACCGCGUGUCAUCGGGGCUCGGCGGAGUCCCCGCGAGCAAGAUCAACAUCGCAUCCGCAGAGAGUUUCACCGAGACACUACUUAAGAAUGCAAAGCUGCGACUUUCUUCUGAAGGAGACGAGCCUCUCUUCCUAGACGAUGUUGUUUCCGAGAUUUGGUCUAUUCUGGAGCUACUCCAGGCCCAGAGCAUCUCCGCGGAAAAGAACAGCAAGCUCGAGAUACAUGCGACUUGGCAAGAACGCCUGCUGGGGUAUGAAUACAAGGCUGUAGUCGAGGACUGGUCGCCUAUGCCGCUCAAAGAGCUGGAGAUCCUCAAGACGUGUGGAGGCUGGCCCAGACUCGUACGCGACGUCAAUGCAUUGGUUCUACUUGCAAAUGGCUUCGGAGACCUGAUACGACCAAUCAACCAGCCUAAUCUCUGUCAUGAGUGGAAAACUCUUCCGCGGAACAUGGACUACAUAGCCGUUCCGGGCAAAGUUCUUCUGGGUCUAUAUUCUUUGGCUGGCUGCCGUCAGACGAAAAAGCGACUCACCGCAACCAACCUGCAACUUCACGGCGGAGGCGCGUCCUUAUUCCAGCCUUGUCCCACUCCUAAAGAGCGACAGUGUUUGUGCGACAGGUUGCAUCAAGUUGUAAGUAGCUCGUCGCUCGGACAAAUCUGUGUGACCGAACUUAUUGAAGGCGACGGAGCCGUGGUCAUUGGCAAGUCCGGCAGCCUGCUGAAGCGUUUCAUGAAGAGAAGUACUCCCAAGAUCACUGGGAUACGCAGCCAUACCAACGCCGCAUUUGAUAGCGAAACAUCUGCCAACUGGAACUCGGAUGCUUCCAGAUCAUCUUCGGGUCAGAGUCCAGCGACUUCCGUCAUGGCAAUACAAACUCUCCUGUCAGCUCAGUCGAUGGUAGUGGAGGCUUCCCAAAUAAGUUCGACAGUCUGAAAACAGGAAUACUCGACUGUUGCCGCAGUAUCCGAACUGUACCAGUACAAUGGUUUUCUUAUACCUGUCUGUGUGUAUAUACUCAAAGAAGAACACAAGAGACUGGUCCCUGCGCGACC